AAUAUGGCGGCAUCCAUAGCCGGGUAUUUUUCACGUGUAUCGUGGCAUGGUUCUUGUAUUAUUUUGAAAAACACACUCCCAUGUAUAACGUUAAGAUACAGGUUUAAUCGCUCUGCAACAACCCAAAGUGGACUUCUUUUUUCUCUAAAUAAACGGGGCAUUUUGAAGGACGCUUUCCCCGAAAACGCAGCCCAAGAUCAACUUCCUCAACUGCUGCAGUCUGGGUGCCAGACCGUGUACUGCGGAUUCGACCCCACAGCAGACAGCCUUCACGUGGGUAAUUUACUCGCCAUCAUCGGGCUAUUGCAUUUUCGAAGCGCAGGACAUAAUGUCAUCGCUCUAAUCGGUGGUGCAACAGCACAGAUAGGGGACCCAAGCGGGAAAACGAGCGAGAGAGAGCAGCUACCCUCUGAUGUAUUGGAGGACAAUACACGGGCUAUCAGGGAGAGCUUGCAGCGAAUCUUCACCAACCAUGAACUGAAUUUCCACAACGACUCUAAAAAGCUUGGCACUGUAACCCUAUUGAAUAAUUUAGCUUGGUACAAAGACUGGAAUGUGGUUGCUUUUCUGUCAGAAGUUGGCAGACGUUUCCGAAUGGGGACCCUGCUCAGUAGGCACAGUGUCCAGUCCAGGUUGAAGAGUGCAGAGGGCAUGAGCCUAACUGAGUUCUCCUACCAGCUGUUUCAAGCCUAUGACUUCUACCACCUGAACCAGAAUCACAGCUGUAAGAUCCAGCUGGGAGGGACAGACCAACUGGGCAACCUGAUGUCUGGGCAUGAGUUCAUACACAAGGUGACUGGACAGGACGUGUAUGGGCUGACCAUCCCACUAGUGACCAGCUCUGCGGGGGACAAGCUGGGGAAGACAGCAGGCAAUGCAGUGUGGCUGAACAGGGACAAGACGUCUCCGUUUGACCUCUAUCAGUUCUUCCUCAGGCAGCCUGACAGCAGUGUGGAAUGGUAUCUGAAGCUAUUCACCUUCCUACCCCUGGCCGAGGUGGAGAGGGUGAUGGAGCAGCAGAGACAGGAGCCAGGCAAACGGCCCGCACACAAACGCCUCGCUGCCGAAAUCACCAAACUGGUCCACGGCAAGGAGGGUCUGGAGAGUGCCAAAAGGUGCACCAAUGCCCUUUACCACUGUAACAUACAGGCCCUGGAGCAGAUGAGCGAUGCUGAGCUGCAGGAGCUUUUCAGAGAGGCCCCCUUCCAUGAGCUGCUGCUGGAGCCAGGGACCACAGUACUGGAUGCCUGCCGCAGGGCAGAGGCCAUACCCCAGGGGGCCAAAGGGUAUCGCAUGGUAUCAGAAGGAGCUGUAUGGAUCAACCACAGUAAGACAGACUGCCCAGAGCAGGUACUGAUCCCUGGCCAGCACAUCCUGGCCAACGGACUUUCUCUCCUCAGAGUGGGCAAGAAGAACUUCCACAUCAUCAAGUGGCUGAAUCUGUGAGUGGCACUGGGACCUUAGAACUCCUAUGGACUGUUUGUGGACUGGAGGUAGGACCGCAAGCUGGGAGGCUUAGGUGAAGGGAGAUGGAUAUUGGAAAUGGACCUGUAUUGUUUCAAUACAUCCCUGUUUGUGUCUGAGGGAAUGUAGUGCACUAUAUACGUGUGGAUUGAAUGAUACUGUAAGAUAUGGUAUUAAAUAUAUUUGUUGGAAGGCUU